UCCAGCUUUUAUUUCUGUAAAAUGGGCAUGGCAGCACCUCCAGGCAGCGGAAGCUGACCAGGUGGGUGCUCUCAGUUCUGGGUCUGAGGGAAGGAAGUGCCUGGGAUCUCAUGCACUGUAGAGGAGGGACUGAAAUUUUUGUGUAAUGUGAGCAAGGCUGUGCAAUUAGGAAACAGCAGAGACCAGGCUGCCUCCAAAAGCUCCGUGUGCUCUCGCAACAGUGGAAGUGGAUGGGAGCCCCGGGCUGAGAAAGUUCCCUGGGACGGUAGCUCUGGGUUCCCCAGCCAGCACGGGCGGGGGAGAGCAGUAACAAUGGUGGCAGUUGUGUGGAGGCCCCACCUGCACAGAGCACCUCUGGAUGCCAAGGGAACCUGGCCGUGGCAGUGUGAAGCUGAGACAGAGUGGCUGACAAAGUAUCCUGUGGAGAUCAGGAAGUAUGAGUAUGACCCAAACUUCGCCAUCCGUGGACUCCAUUACGACGUCCAGCGGGCAAUAUUGAUGAAGAUCGAUGCUUUUCAUUACAUCCAGAUGGGAACCGUCUACAGAGGCCUCAGCGUUGUCCCCGAUGAAGAAGUCAUCGACAUGUACGAGGGGUCCCACGUGCCCUUGGAGCAGAUGAGUGACUUUUAUGGAAAGAGUUCUCACGGGAACACCAUGAAACAGUUCAUGGACAUCUUCUCCCUGCCCGAGAUGACCCUGCUGUCCUGUGUGAAUGAGCACUUCCUAAAGAACAACAUUGACUAUGAGCCGGUACACCUGUACAAAGAUGUCAAGGACUCCAUAAGGGAUGUCCACAUCAAAGGAAUAAUGUACCGAGCAAUUGAAGCGGAUAUUGAGAAGUACAUCUGUUAUGCCGAGCAGACCCGCGCGGUGCUGGCUAAGCUGGCUGCCCACGGCAAGAAGAUGUUCCUCAUCACCAACAGCCCUAGCAGCUUCGUAGACAAAGGGAUGCGGUACAUCGUGGGGAAGGACUGGAGGGACCUGUUCGAUGUGGUCAUAGUUCAGGCUGAGAAGCCGAACUUCUUCAAUGAUAAGCGGAGACCCUUCCGGAAGGUGAACGAGAAAGGUGUCUUACUCUGGGAUAAAAUCCACAAGCUUCAGAAAGGCCAGAUCUACAAGCAGGGCAAUCUGUAUGAGUUUUUGAAGCUCACUGGAUGGAGAGGCUCCAAAGUGCUGUAUUUUGGUGACCACAUAUACAGUGACCUGGCGGAUCUGACGCUGAAGCAUGGCUGGCGCACUGGGGCGAUCAUCCCCGAGCUGCGGUCCGAGCUCAGAAUCAUGAACACGGAGCAGUACAUUCAGACCAUGACCUGGCUGCAGACCUUGACUGGGCUCCUGGAGCAGAUGCAGGUCCACAGAGAUGCUGAGUCACAGCUGGUUUUGCAGGAGUGGAAAAAGGAGAGGAAGGAGAUGAGAGAAAUGACCAAAAGCUUCUUCAACGCCCAGUUCGGGAGCUUGUUCCGCACAGACCAGAACCCGACCUACUUCCUGAGGCGCCUGUCGAGAUUCGCUGACAUCUACAUGGCCUCUCUGAGCUGCCUGCUGAACUAUGACGUCCACCACACGUUCUACCCCAGGAGGACUCCCCUGCAGCAUGAGCUCCCCGCGUGGUCGGACAGCCCGUCUGCCUUCAAAGCCCCGCUGCUGCGGGAGGCUCAGGCCAAGUAACCUGUGCCUGCCUGCCUGAGGAACAAGCCAGAAGCAGCCACGGCCCCACCGAGGGCCCAGUGGGCCUGAGAGUUGGUCUCCCAAAGAGUCAGAUAACACCGUUUGUAUUUUUUUCUACCUUACCGCAAAUACUGUCCUGCCCAGGUGGAGACAGGAGCUGGCCGCCUGGGUUCUGUCCUCUACACACAGCAUCAAAACACGGAUGCCGCCCUGUUUACUAUGGAACCAACGUCAGGCCUUCUGAGACAGACAAGCGAGACCGCCUGAUGCCGUCUGUGUUCAGCAGGUCAAGAGAGGACGCGUCUUGAUUCUGUGAGACACUUCCUGGUUGUUUACAGGCAGAGCACUGGGGACUGGGAGAGCUCGGUGACAUCUGCAGCCAGUGCCCGGCCCUCUGGUCCUAGGCUUUUGCAGGCGUCUACACGUCGCUCCAGGAGACCACGGCCUCCCAGAAUGACUUUGUUGAGGAAGAACAAGAAGAAUUUGUCCUCAGUGUGAACUUGCUUUGCCUGCCCCGAACUGCCUGCCGACGGGGAGAUGGGUGGAUUCCCUCCUCCCCCGGGAGUGGGUGAGGAGAUGGCAGCUCCGGUGAAGAUUGCCUUUAAGCGGGUGGGUCGGACAUCGUAGGAGAAGAAAGGCAGCGAAGCCUUGGGGCUGCGUCCGCGGCCAGCGCCAGCCUGCGUGUAGGGCACUUGGGACACGGCAGCUCGCUGGUGGAAUUUCACAUUCGAUGCCAAGAGCCAGGCUCACGAGGGGCAUCUCUUCCUCCCUCCCCGAUCUGAGGGCAGAAUCCUCCUCUGUUAUGUCUGCUUUGCAGUAUCUUUGGACAUACCUGAUGCCCCGAGCGAGGGCCACGGGAAUGGCAGUCGUUAGAGGACACAGUCCUGUUUAAAUGGUUUCGUUGUGAAGGCCACGUGAGUCCUCGUGGCUGGAUCAGCCUUGUCUCACGUGGCCCGCCCGGCUCAUCUUAAGCUUCUGCGCUAAUGUGGCGCUGCUGCUGCCGCCAUAGCUGCUCUUCUUCCCCCUCCUCCUCCUCCUCCUCCUCCUCGCCCACUCCAUUCCCCUCAUCUCCAGUUAGGGUCUUGCUACGGAGCCCAGGCUGGCCUUGGACUCAAUCCUCCUGCCUCAGUCUCCUGAGUGGUGAAUUACAGGCAUGCGACUGUGGUGUGGGUGGCAUGUAGUGAAUCUAAAGAACGGCACGAACAUGAAGGAGGCUUGUGGCGAGUGCUCGCUCGCUAGUCGGCAUCUCUACGACAAUAAGUAGAUCGUCCCUGGCUGCUGACAGACUGCUCCCGUCCCUGGCUGCUGACCGACUGCUCCCGUGGCCUUGUGUGGGCUGCCCGCCGCAGCACAGCAGUGAGACGGGCUGUCCAGCACUCACCGCAAUGCCGCGUCCUACCACGGCGCUCCUCGGUGUCUGCUGUGCUGACCGUCGUCGGCACGAAGCUGACCCCUCAGACCCCCUCCUCCCCUGUUGUGUUCUCAACACUGGGGUUCAGUGUUCCGCUUUUUCAGGACAGGAUGGGCAUUUUUCUGUUCGCUUGUUUCCCCCAGUGUUAGCCACCAGGGGCUUUGGGCAGCUGGCAUCUAAUGCCAGCAGGUGAUGCUCAGCACGGCUCAGAUGCUGCUCAGGAUGCCCCCUGACUUGUGCUUUGAAGGAACAGAAUGAAGUUUUGGUCUAUUCGGAUAUCCUUCAGUAUAGACCAGAUGCCAGUUCCGGGUGGAGGCGGGGGUGUUUACUCAAGAAUGAAGUAGAGCUGCUUUCUUGAAUGCCGCAGGUGACCUAAGCCCUGGGGGAGAAAAACACCUAAUCCUGGGUAUGAGAAAUGAAUUUUACAGUCUGUUCCUGUGUAGAAGGGCGACAGUCUUGGGAUCAGCUGUACCAUGGCCCAGCGAACAGGCGGCUGGCAGACUGCACACUCAGACCCGUGCCCUGACAGUGUGGCCUGGUGUGGUGUCCUUGUAGGAAGAACGGGGGUUUCUGCCCUGUUAUUGUCCCUGUCUGGUGCAGUCAGGGCAGGUUUGAACUUGUCACAGGGACUCUUGGCUGGGGUCUGACUUACUGUCCUGGUGUCUUGUUUUUGUGUGCUCAUUGAUAACAGGCUAUAGAUUUAAAAAGAGAGGUAGAUCUUUUUCCACCCUUUAGAAAACCAAAUUGUAAAGCAAACUUUUUUUUUUUGAGAUAGGGUUUCUCUGUAGCCCUGCCUGUUCUGGAACUCACUCUGUAAUCCAAGCUGGCCUUGAACUCAGAGAUCCACUUGGCCUCUGCCUUCUAAGUGCUGGGAUUAAAGGCGUGCACCACCACCGCCCAGCAAUAAAAUUAUUUUUAUUAUAUUUAAAAUUAUAGGGUUUUGUGUUUUUUGACAUUGCUUAGACUGAUUUUCUAAGAAUCAUGUGAACAAAAGCUGACUCUAAGGGCGGUCCCUACCAGUGUGGUACCCAGCAAGGUCUGUGGUGCCAGCAGGGGCCACCUGGGCAAUUUGUACUGCUGGCCUUUCCCUGAGUUGCUUUUUCAGGGGAGAGCUGGCCUUAAAAACACCUUAGGUGUUGGGCUUUCGAAGCUCUUGCUUUUCCUCCUAAAACAGCACGCCCUCACCCAUACACCCCCACCCCCCACCCCCCGCUCUCACCAUUAAUACAUCUCCUCCUGAUUUGGCCAGCUCUCAGACUAAAUUACUAGCUGCUUUGAAUGCAUCAGCCCUCUUAUUUAUUGGAAGGGAGAAGCGAAAGGCACUCCAGCCUCCUACCUAAUUUAGCUUCUGGUGAAUGGAAUGGCUUCCCCCUCCCCUCCCCUGAGCAAGCGCUAAAUACUGAAAUUCCAUUUUGUCCAAACGCUCACUGGCUGCCAAAAACCUACUUGGGGGGCUCUUGACUAAAAUGUUCAAAAGGCUAAAUUUGUCGAGGGAGCCGACCCGUGCUUUCCCCUUUCUCAGUGACACCCCAUCCCGGCCCCCAGAGUCUCAGUAUGUAGCUCUGGCUGGCCUGGAAGUCACUUUGUAGAACCGGUUGGCCUCAGAGUGUUGAAAUAAAACGCAUAUGCCACCAUGCCUGGCAUGGCUUCCUUUUGUUUGGAAGGGUUUUUUCCUUUCUCCUUUAUUUUCUUGUUAUUUAUUAUGUAUAUAUGUUUUUGGCCAAGCUCGGCCACCCUUUCAGACCCCUGAUUGGUUAAGCCAAGGGAAGGAAGAGGCGUGGAGCUCUUCUAAUAAGAGAACCAUUUCAACUUUGCAGGCCGCUCCCAUUGCGGCCCUGUGGGAAUGGGAGGAGCACAGUGCCAUUGGGGUUUCGUUCACCAGCACAGGCUGGGGGCUAGCCGGGGCUCUUGGCUAUGGCCUGCUGGCUGCUGCUUGGGUGGCAACAUUCUUUGCUGAGAGCUUGCGGAGGGAGGAGCAGCCUCCCAGCCCCGGGACACUAGUGUAAGGUCUGGGUCAGUGUGCCGUGGCCCCUUAUGGUUCUCCAUAUGGCCAGUGUAAGAACUGUGUCUGCAGCACCUGUCCCCGUGUGCAUUUGAGCUGUCUGUUGCCCUUGUCACGGUUGAGCUGGGCCCAGGACCGAGGGCUAUCAUCCCAUCUGCUGGGCGUGGCUGCUGGCUGAUGUGUUGCUCUUGGAGAAAUUCCCUGCUGCACAGCCCUGCCUUGUCCCAGAUCACACGCCUUUCCUGGGGAUGUAUGAUCCAUGACUGUUCCACGUGAAGGUACUCCGGCCUCUCCAACGCUCGUUUGGGACAGUUCCAGAGCUCCGUCUGGGGCCACCAAGACCUCCUUGUGCUUGCCUUGCAUUUCAGAACCCACCCUGCCCCCUGGUCCGCUCCUUUCCUUCCCAGCGGUACUCCAUGUCAGACCCUCCUGCAUGAAGCAUUUGUUCCCCGGCUCCUCCCUCAACAGUGCGCCUGUUUUCUGUUAAUCCAAGCUUGCGCUCCAGUGUAGUACUUGUGUGGGGGAAUGAUAGAGUGUGCCUGUGUGGUGUCGGGCGCGAUAAGUGCAAAGGAGGUUUACUAUUUAUUUGGAAUGUGAAUUUGCUAUUUAUUUUACAUGUUGAUUGUAUAUGUUGUGAUAAUGAGCUUACAGUCAAAUAAAGGCUUGAACUGUA